AUGGAAAGCAAGGUCGCACUAUGCCGUAUCUGCUGCACCGCUUGGCUGCUGGUACCCGUACCUGGUGUGCGUGACUCCCCGUUGGCGUCGAUGAACGAAUGGGACCUGUACCGACGGACAGUAGGCGCUAGGGACGUCGGUCCUGGGUUCAUUGCCGUCUGGGCCGGUCCAUCGGGUGGUCGUCGUCGUCGUCGAUGGGCUUGUGCGUGUGCCUGCUCUGGCAAACUCUGGCACUCGCCGAAGCGCUUGACUGGACAUGACUGGCAGACGAGGGACGACUGGCAGAAACCUGAGUGGCAGCCCCGUGGUGGCAGCGUGGCAGCGUGCGCGAAUCCUUGA